UGUUGUUUCACCGCAGAGCGAAGCAAUUGGCGUCACUGAUGGUUGACUGGAUAUAAACUCUUCAUUCAAAUGGAUCCAUGCUGACAAUUUGGAUAUUUGGAUAUGCAUUUACCAACUUGAUUGAUUGACUGAAUGGUUUAUUGAUUACUUUUUUCAGUGCUGAUCAAAUACUGUGGAGUGGCUGAAUCCUGACUGGACAAACUGUGUUAGACCGGCACGAUGUUGACGAUCUUUGUGUUCCUGCUGAUGUUGUUCCUCUCCUCUCCUCCCGUCUCCUCCUCUCCUCUGGCCAAGGAUCAGUCAGUGUGUGCCAGAACUUUCUGCGGCGCAGGACGAGAGUGUGUAUCGACCGACAGAGGAGAACCAGUCUGUCGCUGUUUACAGCAGUGUGACGUGACGGAGCACUGGGUGUGCGGCAGUAACGGCAGAUCCUACAGGAAUCACUGUGAGCUGCACAGAGACGCCUGCAUCACCCAGACCAAGAUACAUCUGGAGCACAGAGGACACUGUCUGGAGAAACCAGCAGACAUGGAUGUGAGCCCCAUCGUCUGUUUCCUGUCCGAUCGUGAUUGGCUGAGAGAGAGAGUGAUCCAGUGGAUUCAGGAGGAGGUAGAAUCUGACAACAUGACCUCAAAUGACUCAGCCAAUCACCUCCUGCAAACGUACUUCAAGACGUACGAUAACGGGGAUUCAGAGCUCGAUUCUAAGGAGUUCCUGAGCUUCCUGAAACAUAAUGAGACGGCCCUCAACCUCACGUACUCUAAUACUCUGGAGGCUAACAUGCUACUGAGGUCUCUGUGUGUUGAUGCCUUGAUUGAGCUGUCGGAUGAAAACGCAGACUGGAAGCUGAGCUUAACGGAGUUCAUCAACUGUCUGACACCCACCUACCAUCCGUAUGAGAGAAAGUGUGCUCUGGAGGAUGAAGUGUUCGAGGACGGAGCUGAAACUCGGAUGGAGUGCAACAAGUGUGUGUGUGCUUGUGGAAACUGGGUCUGCACCGCUCUGACCUGCAGUGGAGAGCACCUGGUAGAGCAGGAUGUUAAGGAAGGAGCAGAAGAAGAAGAAAUGACAGAAGAGGAGUGGAGCAGGAGAGUGGCUGAACUCAACGCUCUACAGGCGGACAGUCAACACUGAAAUGCUGCGAUGGGAAAAUGUAAUCCAUUAUUCAUUACGUCUCCUGUAUUAAAAGUACUUUACUAAUUACUCAAAGAGGAACGUAUUCUCAGUACUUAACUCAUAGGUUGUUUUCAAGAAGUUAAACACAAUGAAUUUAUGUUUGCAAACGGCAGAAUGCAAUUGAAUGGACUGCAACAUCAUUUAACAUAAAAGGCAUAAUUACAUUUAAACAGAAUAUUCCAAGAUUUUUUUGCUUGGUAUGUCACUGUUUCCUCUGGCAGUUUUUUUUGGUAAGUCAAUAUACCUAAUCCUUGACUUUAUUCAUUAUUUAAGAAGACAUAUCACUCUAAAUCAGCAAAGAAAAUUCCAAAUGCUGAAAAAAAACGAAUUGUAUUAAGAGGCUGAUAAAAGACUCAGGAGGUAAAUUCAGGAUUAAUUGUUUCAUCGUUUAUGAGAUACUAUAUUUUGUGUAUUUGCGUUGUGAAAUGAAUGCUGCUGUUGUUUUAUACAACUGUUGCUCUAAUAUCACUUUAUUGUACAACAAAUUAA